AUGCCGCCUUCUAGCCCUUACAGGGCAAAGCCUAGUCCUUCUAGGCCAAGACCUAGUCCUGCUAGGCCAAAGCGUCAGACCAGUGAAGAUGGUAAAGAGGGUACCGUAGUUGCUAUUCGUAUGCGUCCCCUCAACAACAAUGAGGAAGCCAAACAAAGAGUCUGGCAAGUAAUGCCCAAGAACAGUGCAGUUUUUCAGACCAACAGGAAUGGGCAACCUCUUGACAGAAUCGCAAACAAAACUUACUUCAACUACAACAAGACUUUUGGUGAAGACGCCACAACGGCUAAAGUGUACGGCGAUGUCGCUAAGCCGAUUGUUACUUCUGUAGUGAAUGGCUUGAAUGGAACUAUUUUCGCCUAUGGACAAACUUCCUCUGGAAAAACAUAUACGAUGCAAGGAUCGGGAAGCAUCGAGGAUGGAUCCCACUCCGAAGGUGGUAUAGUCCACAUGGCAGCAAGAGAUAUCUUUUCCCACAUCGAAUCGAAUCAGGAUCGUACUUUUCUUGUGAGAGCUAGUUUUUUGGAAAUUUACAACGAGGAUGUUAGAGAUUUACUUUCAAAUUCGACGGAAUCGCUACAGAUUCGCGAGGAUCCCCGCCAUGGAGUAUUUGUUCAGUGUAAUGAGGAACCCGUGACAAAUUUUGAAAAUCUCUUGAACAUUUUGUUCCAUGGCGAAAAGUCUCGGCAAGUUGCCUCAACUGGUAUGAAUGAAAGAUCAUCUCGAAGUCACACGAUAUUCAGAAUCACAAUUGAGAGCUACGAAGAUGGGGAUGGUACCAGUGAUAAGGAAAAAGAGAAUGAUUCUUCUCGACGUAAUGGUCCUGUCCUAGUUUCUACAUUAAAUUUGGUGGAUCUAGCAGGUUCGGAGAGCGUCCGACACACUGGUGCAUCUGGAGACCGCCAAAAAGAGGGUGGGAUGAUCAAUCAAAGUCUCCUUACUCUAUCUCGAGUCAUUCAAGCCCUUGGUAAUCCAAACCAAUCCCAUGUAAUGUUUCGAGACUCCAAGCUGACCCGAUUGUUGCAACCUGCACUCUCCGGAAACGCCAAAAUGGCUGUUAUUUGCUGCGCCACGCCAUCUGAACUGUAUCUUGAGGAAACUAGAUCCACGCUUCAAUUUGCAUCUCGUGCCAGCCUUGUCAAGACAAAUGCACAAGUGAAUGAAGUGGUGGACGAUAGAUCAAUGGUCAAGAGACUCCAACGCGAAAUUGCCGAACUUCAGAGAAACAGUACCGUGCCAGGAGCUGAAGAGAUUCAGGCGGUUGAAGACAAAGCCACUAAGGAAGCGAAGGCAAAUCUUGCCCGUCUGACAUCGUGUCUUUUGAAUGCUGGACACCUCUUUGCUCCCACUGACAACAGGAAGAAUGCUAUGAUACUUUCACCAGCAGCUGCACAAAUAAAGCUGAGAAAAAGGCGUCAGUCGGACGGAUUCUUGUUCACCAGCAUCAAGUCACCGCUGAAGCUCAGUCAGCAACUCAAUAUCGCCCCAUCGACAGAACCAAAGCGAAAAAAGACGAGACAAGUCCAACAGCAAGCUUCGCCAAAAUCACAGCUAAACAUCGUUCGGGAAGCUUUAUUGUCAAGAUCUCAGUUUGCCCUAUCCCUUCAAGACACUGUGUCGAAUUUGAAGUUUGUCAUUCAGGAUGCCGAGCAGCGCUUCAAACAAGAAAAAGAAUCAAGUGACUCUAAAAUGAUUGAGUUCCAAGAGCGAUAUGACUCACUGCAACAAGAGCACAACCAAACUCAGACAUAUGCAAGAGACGAGAGUGCAGCUAUGAAGCAGCAAAACUCUGAGCUUCAGCAACAGCUUGAACAAAUAUUGUCGGACUUUAAUGGCCAGAAGCAGCAAAAUGAAGCAAAGAUGGCCGAGUUGGGAACCCUUCGAGUCGAAAUAUCCAAAGUAGAGAGGCUUCUUCGGGAAAAGGAAGAAAAGGCUCGCGAGAAAGAUAGACAACUCGCGGAGACUACAGAGCAACUUUCGACAUUCAAAGUUGACCAAGAAUUGAUGCAAGAACGGUUGGAACGGCAGCAAACCGAAAUCGCUUCGCAGGCCGAAGCCCAACUGGUAAAAACACAGGCUUUGCAAGAGGAAAUCAAUCGGCUGAAACAAGAUGGCGAAACCAGAAUCAAUGAACUCAGAGAACAAUUGGAGGAGUCAACAGCAAGGCUUCUUGAAAGUGAAGAUGUAGCUGCUACCAAGGUGUCUUCUUUGGAGUCGCAACUCGAGCUGAAGCAAGAGAAGAUGACGGAGAUGCAGUCUGAAUACGAAAUGACCUGUGCUCAAAAAGAUACUAUGCAACAAGAACUCGAAGAAAACCUGCAAUCUUGCCGGAUUGAACUCAAAACAGUGGCAGCUGAAAAACGACAGCUCGAGAACGACAACGAUGGGCUGAAAAGACAGCGUGAACUUCUCGAUGAAAAGAUCAAAGAGCUAGAUUUGUCGGUUGAGCAGCAAAAUGCGGAAAUCAUGGAUCUCGGUGCGCAGAAGAAUGAUCUUGCAACGAAACUCGAGACUGCAGAGACUGCAUUGGAAGACGCUGAGGAAGAAUUUGAGAUCACGCGAGCCGACAUGACCAGUCGAAUCGAAAGUCUUGAAGAAAAGCUAGGGGAAACUGAGACAGAGAAUACCGAAGUAAAGCAGGAACUCCAAGAUGCCAAAACUCAAAAUGAUGUCAUGGAACAGAAGAUUAUUGAGCUUACAGUCAGUGUCCAAGAGCAGCAAGUACAAAUCGAGAAGCUUGAUGCGGAUAAAAGCGGUGUUGCAGCAAGACUCGAGACUGCAGAGACUACAUUGGAAGACGCUGAGGAAGAAUUUGAGAUCACACGAGCCGACAUGACCAGUCGAAUCAAAAGUCUUGAAGAAAACCUAGUGGAAUCCGAGACAGAUAAUACCCAAGUCAAGCAGGAGCUUCAAGAUUCCAAAACCCAAAAUGAUGUCAUGCAACAGAAGACUACAGAGCUUACAGCCCGUAUCCAAGAGCAGCAGGUGCAAAUCGAGAAGCUCGAUGCGGAGAAAAUUGACCUUGCAGCAAGACUCGGGACUGCAGAGACUGCAUUGAAAGACGCUGAGGAAGAGUUUAAGAUAACGAGAGCCGAUAUUACCAGUCGAAUUGAAACUCUUGAAGAAAAGCUAGCGGAAUCUGAGACAGAGAAUACCCAAGUCAAGCAGGAGCUUCAAGAUUCCAAAACCCAAAAUGAUGUCAUGCAACAGAAGACUACAGAGCUUACAGCCCGUAUCCAAGAACAGCAGGUGCAAAUCGAGAAGCUCGAUGCGGAGAAAAUUGAUCUUGCAGCAAGACUCGAGACUGCAGAAACCGCAUUGGAAGACGCUGAGGAAGAAUUUGAGAUCACACGAGCCGACAUGACCAGUCGAAUCGAAAGUCUUGACGAAAAGCUAGCGGAAUCCGAGACAGAUAAUACCCAAGUCAAGGAGGAACUUCAAAAUGCCAAAACUCAAAAUGAUAUCAUGCAACAGAAGACUACAGAGCUUACAGCCCGUAUCCAAGAGCAGCAGGUGCAAAUCGAGAAGCUCGAUGCGGAGAAAAUUGACCUUGCAGCAAGACUCGGGACUGCAGAGACUUCGUUGGAGGACUCGAAGGAAGAAUUUGAGGUAACGAGAGCCGAUAUUACUAGUCGCAUCGAAGGUCUUGAAGAAAAGCUGGGGAAAUCCGAGACCGAGAAUACCCAAGUUAAGCAGGAGCUUCAAGAUACCAAAACUCAAAAUGAAAAGAAGACUUCAGAGCUCACAGCUAGCGUUCAAGAGCAGCAGGUGCAAAUCGAGAAGCUCGAUGCGGAGAAAAGUGAACUUGAAACAGCACUCAAGAGCGCAGAGACUUCACUGGAAGACACUAAGGAAGAAUUUGAGGUAACGAGCGCGGAGAUGACCAGUCGGAUCGAAGAUCUUGAAGAAAAGCUGCAAACUGCAGAAGCAGAAAUCGUUGAAAUGAAACAGGAAUUGGAAGACACCGUUUCGCAGAAUUGUACCUUGCAUAAAGAGCUAGAGGACAAGCUUCAAUCGAUUUCCAAAGAAAAGGAACAGCUAGAAGCGAAUUUUAUUGAUGUUGGAGCCGAGAAAGCUGAUUUGCAAAGCCAACAACAACUUCUGGAAGAGAAGAUCACAGAACUGACGUUCAGCGUUGAGCAGCAUCAGACGGAAAUUGAGAAGCUUCAUUCCGAAACGAAGAAUCUUGAAUCAAUACUCGACGAAGCGGAGAAGUCAUUGGAAGAUUCCGAAGAACAACUAGAGAUCACAAGAACCGACAUGGCCCUGCGUUCUGAAGCUUUGGAGAAAAAGCUGAAGAUCGCUGAAACAGAGACAACCGAAGUCAAGAAGGAGCUGGAAGACAGUAGACAUCAAAAGGGCGAUAUGUGCAAAGAACUUGAAAUGAAGCUGGAAUCACUUGAAGAGAAGCUAGAAUUAAUGACAACAGAAAAUACGGAACUUGAAGGAAAACUUGCAGAAAAAGUGGCAGAGAUUAACGAGCUCCAGAAUCAACAUCAGCAGUCCGAAUUGAAGAUCACGGAGCUGACAUCGCAUACUGAGCUGAUCGAAUCAGAAAUUGAAGAGAUCAAAGCAGCUAAGGGCAAACUCGAAGCUAAGCUCGAAACCGCGGAGGCGUCUCUACAACACUCUGAAGAACAGCUGAAUAUCACAAGGGCGGAUAUGAGCAGUGAAAUGGAUAGUCUUGAUGAAAAGCUGAAGGAAUCGAACGCCGAGCUUGCUCAAGUCAAGCAAGAACUCGAGAAGACCACGGCCAAUCAUGGCGUCAUCUACCAGGAGCUUGAUAACAAGCUUGAAUCAAUGUCAGAAACGAAGGCACAGCUAGAGGGUGAGCUUGCCGAAGCAGCCCAAGGGAAGGAAGACUGUCGAGUUCAAGAAGAAAAGUUGCAAGAAAAGAUCACAGAGCUAACGAGCAGUCUUGAGGAAAAAGAAGCUGAAAUCAAGCAACUCAAUAUGGACAAGAACGACAUCGAGUCAAAACUUGUAAGCUCUGAGACCAAAAUAUCCGAAUUGGACGCUCAAGAAGAAAAAAUGCAAGAGAAGAUCACAGAGUUGACAAGUAGCCUUGAGGAGAAAGAAGCCCAAAUCAAAAAGCUCAAUAUUGACAAGAACGACACCAAGUCAAAACUUGUAAGCUCUGAGAUUGCAGUCAAGGAGUCGGAGGACAAAAUAUCCGAAUUGGAGGCUGAUUUGAAAUCGGCCAUGGAACGCAAUCUAUCUAUUGAACAAAAGCUCUUCUCUGAGUUGAAGGAGAAAGAGCUUUUGAAGAUCGAUUUCGAGAAAAGGAGCAGAGAUGCGAACGAAGAGUUCAAUGGUUUGCAGAUCGAGAUUGCUUCGCUUCGAGUGGAAGUGCGAAAUGCGGAGCAAUGGAGAGGGAAUGCACUCUUGGAGAAAGGAAAAUAUGAAGAAACCAUCGAAGACUUGCAAUCUUUACUAAAUGAACAAAAGAAGGAUACUGCUGUGCUGUCAAAGGAAUGCGACGAACUCCGGCAGAUGCUAGAAAAAGCAGCAUAUAACGGCUCUGUCUUGGAAGACAAAAAUUCUGAGCUGUGGACUUGCGUUUCAGAUUUGGGGGAGAAACUCUUUUCCAUUGGAAAUUUGCUAGCCGAAAGGGAGGAAGAAGUCGAAGACGUCAGGAGUCAUUGGUACCGAGCUCUUCAUGAAAACUCAGAUGCACAGGUAGAGCUAGAUGACGUGCAAAGUAAGAUCCAAUUGCUUGAGUCGAGUCAAGAUAAGUAUCGCCGCGAGACAGAAGAGCAUAUUUUGCAGUUGCAAGAGGGCGCCGAAAUGGCAAAUUCAAACAGGAAGACCGUUGUUGCUGAGUUGAGUGCCGUGGUUCAAGAGCUCAACGAGCAAAGAGCUCAGAAUCAACAUUUGGAGGAUUCCAGAAAGGAAUUGGAAUGUAAGAUCGAACGUCUCUCCAUGGAUCUUGAUAAGAUAACCAGCAAAAGUAAUAGCUCAAACGCGGAGGGAGCAAUUUGUGAACUCAAGGCGAAGUUGGAACAGGCUGAAGCCACCAUCCUUCAAAUUCGCUGCAGCAAUCAAGAGAUCAUUGCAGAGCAAGAAGAAGCGUACAAAGAAUUGGAAUCUCGUUUGAAGGAACUUUUUCAAGGUUUAGAGUCCCUGAAGGGGGAAAAGGGUGACCUGGAGGAUCAGAUCACUCAGCUCGAGAACGAGAAAAGAGAACUAAAGAUUGCUUGCGACUCUUUGAGCAACGAGAAAGACCAGAUCGACAUGUUGUUGGAACAGACAACUCGCGAUUUAAGCGAGAACGAAGAGACGAUCUUCCAGGCGACCGAGGCUAUCAACGAUCUGAAGGGUCGUUUGAAGGUAUCCGAAGAACAGUUGCAGAAUAUUGCGGCAGAUCACGAAUCGAAGAUCACUGAUCUGGAAGACAGCUUAACAAGCUCUCUCAAGGAAAUUGAUGUAUUGAAAUCGAAGAAGUUUGACAUGGAGACUAGAAUUGAAGAACUCGAGAGUGGUCUUGAUUGCCAGCUGCAGUCAUUGCAAGAAAAGCUACUUGAGACACAGUCUGAAAAUGAAGAGCUCAGGACUCAAGCAGAAAAUGUCAACACUGCGCAAAGUCGAAGUGAAGUCAUGGAAAUAAAAACGAUGACCACAGCAAUUCUCGCUGAAAAAGAUGCAGUGGAAGCUUUACUAAGUGAGUCACAACUGCAAGUGCAUCAAUUGGAAGAGCAACUGGAUUGCGCUCGAGCCGAACAUCAACAGGUUCUCACAAACACGGAAUUACAACUUGAUCAACAACAGAAAGAGUUAGAAGCUUUGAUUCGGUCAAAAGAUGAGGCAGAAAGCAGCCUUAACAAACGACUCAAGGAUCGAGAGCUUGAGAGAGAUGAGGCAACGGCAGAGCUUCAGAAGCUAUACAACAAGAAUAAGGAGCUGAGUCAAUCUAUCGGAAGUUGCGUGACCAAAGAGAGAGAAACAGAGUUGGUAUCCCAUGUCUCAGAUCUCAAACACGAAAACGUCGAACUCAAGCAACUACUGAUUUCGGCCAACGAAUCAGACGAGCGCAGGAGAAAUGAGGUUCAGAAAUUGGAAAUUGACUGUGCUUCAAAGUCACGCGAGUUGGAAGAUGCAUUCUACCGCCUAUCUCAAAUGGAGGAAGAGCUUCGGAUGUUAGAGAUCCCGCAGGAAAGGGACAUCAACAGUAUUCAAGAAGGAGUCUUUGCAGAUUUACAAGAGCGUAAAGUGGAGCUCGAAAGGAUCCUUGAACAGGAACGAAAGGAGAGACAGCAGGCAGAAGAAGACUUGAAGCGGAGAAUGGGCGAAGAACAACGCCUUUUGAUCCAUGAAGCAGAAGAAAACUUUUGUGAACUUCGAAACACCGCAUCUGAUCUCAAGGCUAGACUGGAACAAAGUGAAUCGGAGGGCUACCAGGCAAGACAAGAGGCAGAAGAACUUCGAGACCAAAACAAGGAAAUCGAGGAGAAAUGUAUCACUUUAGAGAGCGCUGUAUCGGAUCUCAAGUCUGUGCUCACAGAACAUGAGAACAAGAUGUCAGUGCUUCAGUCUGAUCUAAAUAAAGCGAAGGCCGAAUCCUAUGCUCUCAAGGAAAAUGCUAUAGAGAUGAAGGAACGGGCACGAAAGGCUUCAAGGGAAAGCGAGAAAGCGUUGAGGGAAAACCAGAUUUCAUCGGACGAAGUAGUGGUACUCAAACGCAAAAUAUCUAGCUUGGAAUCUGAUGCUGCUGAGAAACAGAAGCAGUAUGAACGUCUUCAAGCCAUGCUCCAAACUGCCCAAGCCAAAGCUGCAGGUUUGGAUGUGGUGGAACUCGAAAAUUCAAUAAAGUCGAAAGAUGAGAAAAUUGAACGCCUUGAACAUAUGCUAGUUCAGUUUGAAGCCAAAAGUAAGCGCCUCGCCGUCGAACUUGAGACGGCUAGAGUUCAAAUUUACACUCAACAGACUGCAGAAGCAGACGACGAACUCCACGAAAAGAUUCUACAUAUGACUGCUCAAAUGAAGAAGAAAGAUUCCAGGAUAAAAAAGCUUGAGCAAGUAAGAUUGACAAAAGAGCAAGUUGAAUCCAUUAAAAAAAUGAAGGUUGACCACAAAAAUCUAGAAGAGGAGUGCAAGCGUUUGCGUCAAAAAUUGAAGUCCUCAGGUUCACCCUCAUCUUCGUUGGAGGUGGAUAAUCUUCGUGCUGAUGUGGACAAUCUUCUGGCUGAUAAGAAAGCGCUAGAGAAAAAGCUCAGGAAAUAUGUUACACAUUGCCAGAGUCUUAUGGAUGAUAAGGCAAGCACGAUGGAUGCUCUAAAGUCCUGCAACAUCUCUGUCGAAAGCGACAGUGAUCCCAACGAAGCUGUCAUUGUUCUCUGUGACAAAUACCGAGAAGCAAAACGUUCGCAAGUGCUUUCCAAAGGAGGUGUGAUUUCUGCUGAAGUUGAAAAGAAGAACAUUGCCAUGGUUGCAACGAUCAAAGAGUUGGAAGAUGUCAAGAGAAAACUCAGUGCUGAGGUAACGCAGUAUCACAAAGAAAUUGAGCUCCUGAAGGCGGCGUUGCGCGAUGCAAAGGACGAUUUGGAAGAAACGAAAACCAUGUCAAAACGAGAAAUCAGCACCCUCAAAGAAGAGGCACUGCAGGCAAUUUGUGAGAAAAAGGCGGCCAAAAAGAAGCUUCAGAACGUCCAAGCGGAACUGGAAAUCAUGCGAAUGAAUGCCAGCGUGGACAAUCCGACAAUUGACUUUAGUAUCACAGACCUGCAACUCGCAAACAGUGACAAAAUCUCACCAUUCAAGCCAAAAAAGAAGGAACGAACCUUUGCAAAAACGGCUUUGUCGCCUAGUAUAUCAAUGCUGAGCAAAGAGUCUCGCAUGCCAUUAGGUGACGCGACGAAUGACAAAGGGAAUCCGAAACAAUCAGGAGUGACAAAAUCAGAGAAAAGCAACAGCAUCUUACAACAACAAACAGAGAAACCUGUGCUGAACUCUGCUAUCAAGAUCGGUCUUGCACCCGGGCUUGGGGAAGCAGGGGAAGCAGCAAUGUAUGACGACGAGAACACCCAAGAGUGUAAGCAGAGCUAA